CAGUCCGAGGAAAUACUCAACAUGUCUGGAAGAGGCAAAGGAGGCAAGGGUCUUGGAAAGGGAGGCGCCAAGCGUCACCGCAAAGUUCUUCGUGAUAACAUCCAGGGAAUCACCAAGCCUGCAAUCAGGCGUCUGGCUCGCCGUGGUGGUGUGAAGCGUAUCUCUGGUCUGAUCUACGAAGAGACCCGUGGUGUGUUGAAGGUUUUCCUGGAGAACGUGAUUCGUGAUGCUGUCACCUACACUGAGCACGCCAAGAGAAAGACCGUGACGGCCAUGGAUGUCGUCUAUGCUCUUAAACGCCAGGGUCGUACUCUGUACGGUUUCGGCGCCAAGCCUGCCCCUAAGAAGGGCUCCAAGAAAGCCGUGACAAAGACCGCCGGGAAGGGAGGUAAGAAACGCAGAAAGUCCAGGAAGGAGAGUUACGCCAUAUACGUGUACAAGGUCCUGAAGCAGGUCCAUCCCGAUACUGGUAUCUCUUCGAAGGCUAUGGGCAUCAUGAACUCCUUUGUGAACGACAUCUUCGAACGCAUCGCUGGCGAGUCUUCCCGUUUGGCUCACUACAACAAGCGUUCCACCAUCUCUUCCAGGGAGAUCCAGACCGCAGUGCGUCUGCUUCUGCCCGGUGAGCUGGCCAAGCACGCUGUGUCUGAGGGAACCAAGGCUAUGUCCGGAAGAGGUAAAGGCGGUAAGGGUCUUGGAAAGGGAGGCGCCAAGCGUCACCGCAAAGUUCUUCGAGAUAACAUCCAGGGUAUCACCAAGCCUGCAAUUAGGCGUUUGGCCCGCCGUGGUGGCGUGAAACGUAUCUCUGGUCUGAUUUACGAAGAGACCCGUGGUGUGUUGAAGGUUUUCCUGGAGAACGUGAUUCGUGAUGCCGUUACAUACACCGAGCACGCCAAGAGAAAGACCGUGACCGCCAUGGACGUCGUCUAUGCGCUGAAACGCCAGGGUCGUACUCUGUACGGUUUUGGUGGUUAAAUAUCGGAUUUUCUCAAUUU